CGAUCAUUGGAGGAAGAGUAUCUAACCCAGAAGAUGCUCCAGAAUCUUUUCGAUUGCUCGUUCGAGAACUACGAUCUUUAGCUCUAGAACUGAAUCAUUUCCUUGUAUCUGAGAAGAACUUCCAGAUUAAUAGGAAGGAAGCUUGAUCUGAAUGAAUCAGAAUUUCUAUUCUAUGAUUGACCGGUAUAAACAUCAACAACUUCGAAUUGGACUAGUUUCUCCUCAACAAAUAAAGGCUUGGGCCAACAAAAUUUUACCUAAUGGAGAGAUAGUUGGAGAGGUGACAAAGCCCUAUACGUUUCAUUAUAAGACCAAUAAACCAGAAAAAGAUGGAUUGUUUUGUGAAAGAAUCUCUGGGCCCAUAAAAAGUGGAAUUUGUGCUUGUGGAAAUUAUCGAGUGAUUGGAGCUGAAAAAGAAGACCCGAAAUUUUGUGAACAAUGCGGGGUGGAAUUUGUUGAUUCUCGGAUACGAAGAUAUCAAAUGGGAUACAUCAAACUCGCAUGUCCAGUGACUCAUGUGUGGUAUUUGAAACGUCUUCCUAGUUAUAUCGCGAAUCUUUUAGAUAAACCCCUUAAGGAAUUAGAAGGCCUAGUAUACUGCGAUUUUUCUUUUGCUAGGCCCAUAGCGAAAAAACCUACUUUCUUACGAUUACGAGGUUUAUUCGAAUAUGAAAUCCAAUCUCGGAAAUACAGCAUACCACUUUUUUUUACUACCCAAGGCUUCGAGACAUUUCGAAAUCGAGAAAUCUCUACAGGAGCAGGUGCUAUCAGAGAACAAUUAGCCGAUUCAGAUUUGCGAAUUAUUACGGGUAAUUCAUUAGUAGAAUGGAAGGAAUUAGGGGAGGAGGGGUCCACUGGAAAUGAAUGGGAAGAUAGAAAAAUUAGAAGAAGAAAGGAUUUUUUGGUUAGACGCAUGGAAUUAGCUAAACAUUUUAUUCGAACAAAUGUAGAACCAGAAUGGAUGGUUUUGUGCUUAUUACCAGUUCUUCCUCCCGAGUUGAGACCAAUCAUUCAGAUAGAUGGGGGUAAACUAAUGAGUUCGGAUAUUAAUGAACUCUAUAGACGAGUUAUCUAUCGGAAUAAUACUCUUACCGAUCUAUUAGCAACAAGUAGAUCUACGCCAGGGGAAUUAGUAAUGUGUCAGGAGAAAUUGGUACAAGAGGCCGUGGAUACACUUCUUGAUAAUGGGAUCCGUGGACAACCAAUGAGGGAUGGUCAUAAUAAAGUUUACAAGUCAUUUUCAGAUGUAAUUGAAGGCAAAGAGGGAAGAUUUCGUGAGACUCUGCUUGGUAAACGUGUCGAUUAUUCGGGACGUUCCGUCAUUGUCGUGGGUCCUUCGCUUUCAUUACAUCAGUGUGGAUUACCUCGAGAAAUAGCAAUAGAGCUUUUCCAAACAUUUGUAAUUCGUGGUCUAAUCAGACAACAUGUUGCUUCUAACAUAGGAAUUGCUAAAAGUAAAAUUCGGGAAAAAGAACCCAUUGUAUGGGAAAUACUUCAAGAAGUUAUGCGGGGGCAUCCUGUAUUAUUGAAUAGAGCACCCACCCUGCACAGAUUAGGCAUACAGGCGUUCCAACCCUUUUUAGUGGAGGGACGCGCUAUUUGUUUACAUCCAUUAGUUUGUAAGGGUUUCAAUGCAGACUUUGAUGGGGAUCAAAUGGCUGUUCAUGUACCUUUAUCUUUGGAAGCUCAAGCGGAGGCUCGUUUACUUAUGUUUUCUCAUAUGAAUCUCUUGUCUCCAGCUAUUGGGGAUCCUAUUUCCGUACCAACUCAAGAUAUGCUUAUCGGACUCUAUUUAUUAACGAUCGGGAAUCGUCGAGGUAUUUGUGCAAAUAGGUAUAAUCCAUAUAGAUAUAGUUGCGGAAACUACCAAAAUAAAAAGGUUGACAAUAAAAAAAAUGACUAUAGGUAUACGGAAAAGAAAGAACCCUAUUUUUCUAGUUCCUAUGAUGCACUUGGAGCUUAUCAACAGAAACGAAUUAGUUUAGAUAGUCCUUUGUGGCUCCGAUGGAGACUAGAUCAACGUGUCAUUGGCUCAAGAGAAGUUCCCAUCGAAGUUCAAUAUGAAUCUUUGGGUACUUAUCAUGAGAUUUAUGGGCACUAUCUAAUAGAAGGAAGUGUAACAAAGGAAAUCCGUUGUAUAUACAUUCGAACUACUCUUGGUCAUAUUUCUUUUUAUCGGGAAAUAGAAGAAGCCAUACAGGGGUUUUGUCGAGCCUACUCAUACGCUAUCUAAACUAAGAAAU